AUGGACAUUGAAGCAUAUUUUGAAAGAAUCGGGUAUACAGACUCUAGGAGGAAAUUGGACUUGGAAACAUUAACUAACAUCCUUCAACACCAGAUCCGAGCCAUUCCCUUUGAGAACCUUAACAUCCAUUGUGGAGAACCAAUGGAGUUGGGUUUAGAGCCCAUUUUUGAUCAAGUUGUGAGGAGGAAAUGAGGUGGGUGGUGUCUCCAGGUCAAUCAACUCCUGUACUGGGUUCUGACCACAAUGGGCUUUCAGACCAUAAUAUUGGGAGGUUAUGUUUACAGCCCUCCAGCUGACAGAUAUAGCAGAAGUAUGAGUCACCUCCUGUUACAAGUGACCAUCGAUGGCAGGAAAUACAUCGUGGAUGCUGGGUUUGGAUGCUCCUAUCAGAUAUGGCAGCCUCUGGAGCUAAUUUCUGGGAAGGAUCAGCCUCAGAUACCCUGUAUCUUCCACUUGAGAGAAGAGGGAGGAAUGUGGUACUUGGAUCAAAUCAGAAGACAGCAGUACAUUCCAAACCAAGAAUUUAUUAAUUCUGAUCUCCUGGAAAAGAAUAAAUACUGCAAAAUAUACUGUUUUACACUUGAGCCUCGAACAAUUGAAGAUUUUGAGUCCGUGAAUACAUAUCUUCAGACAUCUCCAAUAUCUUUGUUUACAAGCAUAUCUUGUUGUUCCUUGCAGACACUGGAAGGAGUUCACUGUUUAGUAGGCUUCACCCUUGCCUCUCGAAGAUUCAAUUAUAAGGAUAAUAUGGAUUUGGUAGAGUUUAAGACCCUGAAUAAGGAUGAAGUUCAAGAGACGUUGAAGAAUCUGUUUAAUAUCUCCUUGGAGAGAAAGCUUGUGCCCAAACAUGGUGACUACUUUUUCACCAUUUAG